UGUAUCUUCCCCUCUUCUGGAGACCUCCACAAGACAGAGGACACAGGCUGCACAAGUUUGUCACUCCUGAUGAAGAAACAACAGUCUGACAAGCCACAAUUCUAGAGCCUCAAUAACGGUCUCUAGUUUCAUGCACACCUCAAGUUAUCCCAGCCCAAUCAUUCACCAAGGUUCCCCCCAUCCGUCCGGUGAUCUAGGCCCUUCGAGCUUGUUCAGAAAUGUCUACGUCCAGUUUCAGCUCUCUAUUUUCUUCCAUAACAGACCUUUUCCAUGGUUUUUACUCCCGUCUUCAUUCCAGUCUAGUAUCUCCUUCUCUAUUGCCUUUACCACGACCACGUGCAAUUGCCGGUCCGACGUGGCAGGAGAUUGCAAAGGCGGCUCAGGAUCACCGCGAUGCUUCCAUCGCCGCACUGGAACCGCCUCUGCCAACAAUUCCGUGGGAGAUACCUCAGGAUGUGUCUCAAAUACCGAAGCGGAUAUUCUCCAAAGAAAUCAUUGCCAUCACAGAGGCUGCCCCGGAGGUUCUAGUUGCUAAGCUAGCGAGCGGGGACCUAACUUCCGUACAGGUCACAACGGCAUUUCUCAGAAGAGCAGGUUUGGCUCAGAAGCUGACAAACUGCGUUACCGAGUUGUUAUCCACAGCUGCUCUAGCCCGUGCGAAGUAUCUUGAUGAGUAUCUUUCCACGAACAAAAAGCCAAUUGGUCCACUCCAUGGCCUUCCAAUAUCCGUAAAAGAGCACAUCGGAAUGGAAGGUCUCACCCUCAAUGCUGGUUUCAUCUCUUGGCAUAACCAAACGGCCGUUUCAAACGCUCACAUCCUGGAUAUAUUACUGGCUGCAGGAGCAGUGCUGUACGUUCGUACUACGCAGCCUCAAACUCUGAUGCAUUUGGAGACUUCCUCCAACUUCUAUGGCGCAACUGUGAACCCCUUCAACCGACUUCUGACGUCUGGUGGCUCUUCCGGUGGCGAAGGUGCUCUUAUUGGUCUUCGUGGAAGCUGCUUAGGUAUUGGUACCGACAUUGGCGGUUCCAUCCGUUCACCUGCGGCGAACUGCGGUGUUUAUGGUCUACGCCCAACCAGCUAUCGGCUGCCUAAUGAAGGAUUCAGCGCAACCAUGCUCGGACAGGAACAUAUUGUUCCAGUCGUCGGCCCUCUGAGCACGAGCCUCGGCGGUGUUAAACUAUUCAUGAAGACACUCAUUGACGCGAAACCAUGGCUUCGCGAACCAAGUCUGCUACCAAUUCCCUGGAACACAGAAUUCCAGUUACCUUCUACCGCUACCGGUGGUAAGAAGCUCAAGAUCGCAGUCCUCAGUGACGAUGGCAUCGUCAAACCACACCCUCCAAUUCUGCGCGCCAUUUCUACAGUCGUCGACAAGCUCAAAGCCAUUCCAGACAUCGAAGUCGUCAGUUGGACUCCUUACGCUCACGAUGAAGCUUGGACCAUCAUAUCGUCCCUCUACUUCUGCGACGGAGGAGCGGAAGAGUCGGCUGCUAUCAACGCGUCUGGUGAGCCAUGGCGUCCGUUGUCCCGGUUCAUCCUGACCGAUAAUCCCAACAUGAAGCGCCACUCUGUGCGUGAGCUCUGGGAAUGGACCGUCAAGCGUGAAGCAUACAAGGCCAAGUAUGCCAAGCUGUGGGGGGACGUAGACGUGAUCCUAUGUCCUGCUGGACCCGGGGCGGCACCUCCUUUGGACUGUGCGAGGUACUGGGGAUACACAUCGCAGUGGAACCUGCUCGAUUAUCCAGCUCUUGUAUUUCCGGUCACGAAAGUGGAUCCAGAGGUUGACUUGAUCGAGGAAGGGUAUCAGCCAAGGAAUGAGGAUGACAAGUAUAACCAUGACCUUUAUAAACCGUCAACGUAUGCAAAUGCUCCAGUCAGUCUGCAGCUCAUUGGUCGAAGGUAUGAGGACGAGAAAGUAGUGGAGGCAAUGGAAUACAUCAAAGAGAAGAUCGGUCUGCCUUUUGCUAGCUUCGUGUGAGAAGGCAUGAAUAUUCUAGAAAGCUCAAGGCUGCAGUGAAUGAGAGAGCGAUUGUAGGCCAUAGCUUUUUUCAGCUUCGUCUGAGAAGGGAUACAUAUCUCCGAAAGCUCAAGGUCGCAGUGAAUGGGAGAGUGAUUGUAAGCCGUAGCUCAACUCAGCUUCAUCUCCGGGGAGUUCACAUGGGAGCAUCCCUCUCUUUAUCAAUAGAACAAGACAUGCAGGCGCUCAC